CGCAGAAAAACGUCAGCGUGGCGAGGGAGAGUGUCGGCGGCGCGCGGAGAAGGUUUGAUGACGUCACCGAGGCGCCCUGGCUGCUCCUGCUGGGCGAAAAAAAAAAAAAAAAAGAUGGGAAAAUCAGGGAAGUGUUUCUUCUCUGCAGAUUGGAGUCUUAUUUAGCGAGAGCGGCUGCACGGGCUCCCGGUGCCGAGGGGACAUCUGCGCGUGCCGCCUGUCGCUCUGAACGCGGAGGGACUUAUUUGAUCAUGAACACUGAGCUGUGCGCCUCCAGCUGAGCAAGCUCGCCACACCCACAAAUCCGCCAGAUUAUUUAACCCACACCUCCUUUUCAACAUGUACGGUAGCGCCCGCUCCGUCGGCAGAGGGGACGCCAACCACGGCGGCGGCCAGGGGUCCGGCCGCUCCCCUCGGCUCCCGCGCUCCCCCCGCAUGGGCCACCGUCGCACCAACAGCACGGGAGGAAGCGGAGGCGGUCCGGGGGGACCCGGAGGCAAGACGCUCUCCAUGGAGAACAUCCAGUCCCUCAACGCCGCGUACGCCACGUCUGGACCCAUGUACCUGAGCGACAACGAGGUGGCCAUGAGCGGCGGCGGCGGCGGCGGCGAGCACCUGCCCAAGACCGUGGGAGUGGCCGUGACCACCAUGGGGAGACAGAGGGUGACCUACGGAUCCAGGAGCAGCAGCAGCAGCGGCGGAGUGGUGGCGGCGAGCACCCCCAACAUCUCAACCUCAGGCGCGGUGCUGCCUGCAGGACUGAUGGCGGGGGACGCCUUGGCUUUCGGGGACCACCACAUGGCGUCGACUGUACCCCAUUCUUUACGGCAGGCCAGGGACAACACCAUACUGGACCUUCAGACACAACUUAAAGAGGUUCUGCGGGAAAACGAGUUGCUGCGGCGGGAAGUGGAAGUCAAAGAGAGCAAGCUGAGCUCGUCCAUGAAUUCCAUCAAGACGUUUUGGAGCCCGGAGUUGAAAAAGGAGCGAGCGCUGCGCAAGGACGAGGUGUCAAAGAUUUCCGUGUGGAAGGAACAAUACCGUGUGAUUCAAGACGAGGUUCAGCAUCUCCAGAUGACGGUACAGGCGCUCCAGGACGAGCUGAGGAUCCAGAGAGACCUAAACCAGCUGCUCCAGCAGGACCCCGCCAGCCAAGUCCGGGACCUGGCCCUGUCGUCCGAGCCUACCGAGGAGAACUUCAGGCGGCUCCAGUGCGAGCACGACAGGCAGGCCAAAGAGCUCUUUCUGCUCAGGAAAACCUUGGAGGAGAUGGAGUUGAGGAUCGACACGCAGAAGCAAACCCUGGGGGCCCGAGACGAGUCCAUUAAGAAACUCCUGGAGAUGCUGCAGAGCAAAGGUCCAUCUGCUAAGGCGUCAGAGGAGGACCAGGAGCGCACCAGGAGGCUGGGAGAUGCAGAGAUGCACCGGCAUCACCUGGAGAGCCUCCUGGAUCAGCGAGACAGGGAGACCGCUGCCUUGAGAGAGGAGCUACAUCGUAGAUACGAGGGAACACCAGAGUCCACCAAAACAAAGGCUUUGCAGACCGUUAUUGACAUGAAGGAUGCCAAGAUCAACUCCAUGGAGCGCGGCCUGAGGGAUAUGGAGGAGGAGCUGCUCAUGAUGAAGUCCAACGGGCUUCUGAGCUGUGAGGAGCGUCAGGAGGAGAUGAAGCAGAUGGAGGUUUACCGCAGCCACACCAAGUUCAUGAAGAACAAGAUGGAGCAGGUGAAGCAAGACCUGUCCAGGAAGGACACGGAGCUGCUCGGCCUGCAGACCAAGCUGGAGACGCUGACCAACCAGUUUUCCGACAGCAAACAGCACAUCGAAGUCCUCAAGGAAUCUCUCACUGCCAAGGAGCAGAGAGCCGCCAUUUUGCAGACAGAGGUGGAUGCCUUGCGUCUGCGCCUAGAAGAGAAGGAAGCCACCUUAAAUAAAAAGAGUAAGCAGAUCCAAGAAGUCUCAGAGGAGAAAGGAACGCUCAAUGGAGAGAUACACGAUCUUAAGGACAUGCUGGAGGUGAAGGAGCGCAAAGUCAAUGUGCUGCAGAAGAAGAUCGAAAACCUGCAGGAGCAGCUGAGGGAUAAGGAAAAGCAGAUGAGCAGCCUGAAGGAGAGAGUCAAGUCCUUGCAGACCGACACCUCCAACACAGACACCGCCCUCACCACGCUGGAGGAGUCUCUCGCCGAAAAGGAGCGCAUCAUUGAACGACUGAAGGAGCAGCGAGACCGAGACGACCGGGAGAAAACCGAGGAGCUGGAUUGUACAAAGAAGGAGCUGAAGGAGCUGAAGGAGAGACUCAGCUUGCUGCAGGGAGACCUGUCGGACAGAGAGACCUCUCUGCUGGACCUGAAAGAGCACGCCUCGUCCUUGGCCUCAUCCGGUCUGAAGAAAGACUCCAAGCUGAAGAGCAUGGAGAUUGCUCUCGAGCAGAAGAGGGAGGAAUGUCUCAAAGUGGAGAACCAACUUAAGAGGGCUCAGAAUGCAGCUCUGGAGGCUCAGGCCAACACCGAGCUGGCCGAGCGCAUUAAGAGCCUGGAACAGGAAGUGGCACGCCACAAAGAGGAUUCUGGGAAAGCGCAAGCCGAGGUGGACCGCCUGCUGGAGAUCCUGCGGGAAAUGGAAAACGAGAAGAACGACAAAGACAAGAAGAUCAGCGAGCUGGAGAGGCAGAUGAAGGACCAGACGAAGAAGGUGUCGUCUCUGAAGCACAAGGAGCAGGUGGAGAAGAGCAAGAACGCUCGGCUGAUGGACGAGGCCAAGAAGCGCGAGGACAACAUGUCGGAGAGCUCGCUGCACGUGAAGGACUCCUUGCGUCAGAAGUCGGAGCGCAUAGAGGAGCUGGAGGAGGCCCUCAGGGAGAGCGUGCAGAUCACCGCUGAGCGGGAGAUGGUGCUGGCUCAGGAGGAGGCGGCCAGGUGCCUGCAGGAGAAGCAGAAGUACUCACUCAAAGCAAUGCAUGAGUCCAACCUCGCCCACUUAAAGUGGUCUAAGAUGGAGGAGUUGCUGGGCGCCAUGGAGAAAGUCAAGCAGGAGCUGGAGUCCAUGAGGGCCAAGCUGUCCUCCACCCAGCAGUCUCUGUGCGAGAAGGAAGCCCACCUCACCACCCUGCGAGCCGAGCGCAGGAAGCACCUGGAGGAAGUGCUGGAGAUGAAGCAGGAGGCGCUGUUGGCCGCCAUCAGCGAGAAGGACGCCAACAUUGCCCUGCUGGAGCUCUCCUCCUCCAAGAAGAAGAAGACCCAGGAUGAAGUGUCUCUGCUCAAGCGAGAGAAGGACCGACUGGUGCAGCAACUCAAGCAGCAGACUCAGAACCGCAUGAAGCUGAUGGCGGACAACUACGAGGACGAGCACCUGAAGACCACCCCCGACCAGACCAACCACAAGCCCUCCCCAGACCAGACGAUCGCCCCUCUCGUAGCCCUGUGCCAGAACCGCAGCAAGCUGAAGCUCUACAUCGCCCACCUGACCGACCUCUGCCACCAGCGCGACCCCGCCAUCCUCCGCCAGCUGACACCUCCCGCUCACUACCAGCACAGCGACCCGGACCAGUGGGAGGAGGAGCUCCACAAGAUGAGCAGAGAACAGCUGGAGGAGGAGCUGCAGAUGUGCGAGAGAGAGAGCGGCGAGCUGCAGGAGUACGCCAACUGUGUCCUGCAGCAGAUCGCCGACUACUGCCCGGACAUCUUGGAGCAGGUGGUCAACGCGCUGGAGGAGUCCUGCUGACCUCACCUUUCCUGCCACGCCCCCUCCGCCCAAAGAUAUGGGUCAGUGAACGCAACACAGUCACGUGCAGCGGGGGGGUUAAUACAGUGGAACCUCCUUCCUAAUCCUAUAUCAACACUGGUGUAAAGGUUAAGUCCGUUUGUUCAAGAAGCGAAGCACCACAAAAUAAUAAAGCCAAAGAAAAAGCAAAACAGCUCAUCCUUUAGAAACGUUGUUAAAGUCCUAGAAGCUCAUGGGGGUGUUGGAGUUAUGAAUAAGAGGUUCCACUGCAGGGGGGUUAAGAAGCACAAAGUCUGCACGUUUACUUCCGGUCACGGGACCGUCAAGCACACUUGGAGUCGCAUGUUGCCUUCUUUCUUUGGCAAUCCUUUCAAAAUAAAAGGGCUCAAUUUGAUCUCCAAGGGGCGAAGCAGGAAAAGCGUUAAAGGGGAGAGGUCAGGUGGGUGACUUCUGAGCUUGGAGCUGCUCGAUGUCCACCUCUGGAGAGUUCUAUAGCAGGGGGGGGGGCAAAGUGAGAAUGUGUUCAUUCCAUUUAAUUCCAUGUUUUGGAUUAAAAUUACGUCAUGGGAAAUAAACUUAAAAAAAAAAAUAGUACACAAAUCAUUGCCAUGAAGGAGCUAUUCUCAGAGUGGCGGAGCAGGAAGGGGCUGGGAUAAGUUUCAUGUCAUCGAUUCACGCUCGGGCUGGGCGAUACGGCUGGAGACUGUCACGAUAUCAGCGGUUUUUGUAUCGGUCAUUAUCGAUAUUUUUAUGAACUAUUGACAAUAAAGACCAGGAGGAAAAUACAUCAUGUAAAAAUAAAAACAAAUGUUUUGGGUAACUUUUGCUCGAAUAAUUAGUAAUAUAUUACUAUUAUUGAAUGUCUUUUUAUGACACACUAUUUUCUCACACUUUAUUAAACAUUCCUUACAUAUUUCUUCAUUUGACUAAUUAUUAAUUAGUAAUAUAUUACUAUUAUUGACUGUCUUUUUAUGACAUUUUUCUUACACGUUAUGAAACAUUCCUUACAUAUUUAGUAAUAUAUUACUAUUUAAGAAAUGUUUAGUGCGAGAACAUUUUUUUAAUAGAAAAACAGUCAAUAUUUCUUCAUUUGACUAAUUAUUAAUUAGAUAUAUACUACUGACUGUCUUUUUAUGACACUUUUUUCUUACGCUUUAUUACACAUUCCUUACAUUUUUCUUUAUUUGACUAAUUAUUAGAUAUAUACUACUGACUGUCUUUUUAUGACACUUUUCUUACACUUUAUGAAACAUUUCUUACAUAUUUCUUCAUUUGAGUAAUUCUGAUUGAUUAGUAAUAUAUUACUAUGUAAGAAAUGUUUAGUGCAAGAACAUUUUUUAAUAGAAAAACAGUCAAUAUUUCUUCAUUUGACUAAUUAUUAAUUAGUAAUAUAUUACUGACUGUCUUUUUAUGACACUUUUCUUACACUUUAUUAAACAUUCCUUACAUUUUUCUUCAUUUGACUAAUUAUUAAUUAGUAAUAUAUUACUGACUGUCUUUUUAUGACACUUUUCUUACAC